UCAGUGUGUCUUUGAGCGAGAUAGAGCCCGCUGUCAGUGAUUCUAGGAGGAGCCCACGCGCUCCUCACGCUCGGAGAGAGAUGAGCGGCAGUUAGAUGCACUUGGAUUACCGGCUGCUGAACUGAAACAACGUCUCCGCUCAUAAAAAUAUGUAAAACAGUGACGUAUCUAAUUACACGUCUUUUUAACGAGUGGAUAUUCUCCUUAGUCGGAGAUAAAACGCAAGAUGCAGUGAAAGCAUCACUUCUUAUAGUCCCAGACGAUGGAAUUCAGUUUGAGAAGCCCAAUGUGAGAAAGUGAAGUACGCGCAGGAUAUAGCCUACAUUCUCCCCCAAAAAACGAUAAAGUCAGUAUCUGAGAGCAUGGGUUGGCAAGAGACCCUAUGGCUUUUGACAUCAUUUAUCUUGAGUGCAACAAAGGCUGGAACAACAGAGAAGAAAGCAGAGCCCACAACUGACUUAUCCUUUACUCCUGUCAUGAUGGCAAUGGAUGGAGAGAGGCUGAUCAUGACUGAGUCUCAGUAUAAAUGUCUGGAGCUUCUGAGCCAAGAUGGAUCCAAUAAUAAAACAGGUUCGUUCUGCAGCAGAUUCUGGGAUGGCUUGCUCUGUUGGGAUGAAACCCCUGCUGGAACCUUUGCUUCACAGAACUGCCCAGACUAUCCCAGCUUUGACCCCUUGGAAAAAGUAACCAGAUACUGUGAUGAAUCUGGCAAAUGGGUACACAGUUCAUCCAUCAAUAAGACCUGGUCCCACUGUCUCACAUUCUCAAAGGAGAAAAUAAAGACGCUGCCAGUUCAUGGGUUUUUAGAGACGGAGUCGGAGAUGGAUCCUACCGCUGAGAGUCAGGUCAGUCCUGUAGUGACUCAGAAAGCAAAGGAGAGGAAGAAGAUUAUCGAUGGUCAAUAUAAAUGCUUUGAGAAAAUGAACAGAGACCAGCCAUAUAACAAAUCAGGUCCAUACUGCAACCGCACAUGGGAUGGCUGGCUAUGCUGGGACGACACACCAGCAGGAACAUACACGUCUCAAAACUGUCCCAAUUACUUCCCUGACUUUGACUCUACGGAGAAGGUCACCAAGUAUUGUGAUGAGACAGGAAACUGGUUUAGGCACCCUGAGACAAACAGGACAUGGUCCAAUUACACCCUCUGCAUUGCUCACACCAAGGACAAGCUCAAGAUGGCGUAUAUUUUGUAUUACAUGGCGAUUGUGGGUCAUGCUCUUUCUAUAGUGUCCCUUCUCAUCUCGCUGGCCAUUUUCUUUUAUUUUAGGAGUCUGAGCUGUCAGAGAAUCACUCUACACAAGAACCUGUUCUGCUCGUAUGUGCUCAACUCAGCCUUCACCAUCGUCAACCUUAUAACUGUGGUCAACAACCCCAAAGUGGUGCAGAGGAAUCCGAUUGGCUGCAAGGUGCUUCACUUCUUCCACAUGUACAUGCUGGGCUGUAACUAUUUUUGGAUGCUCUGUGAGGGGAUUUACCUGCACACACUGAUUGUGGUGGCCGUAUUUGCCGAGGAGCAGCACCUGCACUGGUAUUAUCUUCUGGGCUGGGGAUUCCCCUUGGUGCCUGCAUCCAUCCAUGCUGUGGCGAGGAAGAAAUACUUUGAUGACAACUGCUGGAUGAGUGUGGAGACACAUCUGCUCUAUGUGGUUCACGGCCCCAUCAUGGCAGCUUUAUUAGUCAAUUUAUUCUUUCUGCUGAACAUAGUACGGGUUUUGGUGACCAAACUGAGAGAUACGCAUAGAGCUGAGUCUAACAUGUAUAUGAAGGCAGUGAGGGCCACCCUCAUUCUGGUGCCCUUAUUGGGCAUUCAGUUCGUCAUAUUCCCUUGGCGGCCAGAGAACCGCUUGGCAGGAGAGAUAUACGAUUACAUCAUGCACAUAUUAAUGCAUUACCAGGGAUUGCUGGUGGCAACCAUAUUCUGCUUUUUCAAUGGAGAGGUCCAGGGAGCUCUGAAAAGGCAGUGGAUGCAGUACAAAGCCCAGUGGGGUCAGCGACGACGCGAGCACUGCUCCAUGAGAUCCACCUCCUACACCGCCACCUCCAUCACUGAGGUGCCUGCCUUCAUGUAUCAUAAUGACUGCAACAGUGAACACUUGAAUGGUAAACAAACAGAAGACUCCGAGCUAGUGGCCCUCAAGACGGCCGACACAUACGCGUAAACAUUUGAAGAGAAAGAUAAUACUGGGAAAGAGAGUGAUUCAAUCAAACUGGAGACUGGGGACUCAGAUUGACUGAACGUUCGCAAACUCCCCGACUCAGACAGCACUUAAGCGCUGACACCAGAACAUUCAAAGCCUUGUGUUGGCAAAGCCCUUUCUGGUGAAAUAUUAUUCUAAGGCUUUGUUUAUAUUCUCUUCAACUCUGCUUCUGCGAGUUGAAAUGCAAAGGAAACGUUAAAAAAUACAGACAUGGGAUGCACUUUUUAAAAUGUCAUACUAAAGCUGCUAGUGUCAGGCUCCUCUCACAUCCUUUUUGGGCUUGUGGCCACAAAUGAAAAAAGUAACUCUGCAAAAAACCAAAGGAUGUGUUGAUUUGUGAGUGUUUCUCUAAAGCCACUGGGAAGCGAUCCUCCAGAGGACAGGCUAUGCUCAUCUGUCUCUGAACAAAGGAAAGCUCUUCUGUGCCUGAAUCCUGUUCCUGAUGGUGGUGAAAUGUCAAAGGAGGUUACAAAGAUCUGUCUGACGGUCAUUUUGCAUUUGAAAAUAGCUUUUUAUCUGUCUUGCGAGACUCCUGACUGCUUUAUUGUUUUUGCAGCUGUACUUUUCUGCCUCGUCUUUGUUGCGAAAGGGGGUGUGGAGGAAAAGACGAACAACAUGGACAAUUCUAGGACUGCUUAAAAGAAAAUUUAUAAACCUGUGCAUAGAUAUGCACAAAAAUGUAUUCCGUAAACAAAAACAAAACUAUAUAUAUAUAU